CCGACAGAAAAAAACACGCCACUUCCUCUACCGCUUUCUAAAACGGCACAGUCUCCGAAGGGCUCGGCCGAAUUACAUGAAAGACGUGGCUCUUUUCUCAAUGGAGCUGAUAUCGUCAGGCUCAUACUGGAAUUAGCACGGUCUUGUAACUCCACCAAAACGAAUCUGACUAAUAAACCCGGUGGAUGCAGACGCUAGUUGGAUGCUAGCCAGUCCUUCCGCGACAGCUUCAGCUGAGAGUGGUGACUAGCUAACUUAGCUGUAUGUCGUUGGCUAGCUUGGAUAGUUAGCUUAGCAAAUUUAGCUGAAAAGAUUUGUAUGCAGGCGAGGCAGUCUUGGGUUAGGUACGUAGUUACAAAGCGUCUGAACCGUUAUAUUAGUUUCAUGUGACUUGCUGAAUGAGAGGAUAAAACCGGUGAAGACGACGUGAGAAUACGACGCCCGUGAAGUCCAUGGAGUGCCCCCAUUUGAGCUCCAAUGUGUGGGUCACAGUGGACCCUUCCAAGUUCCCGAAUGGUUCACCCUCGUCGUGGUGUUGUGGCGUUUGCCGGUCAAAUAAGAGUCCAUGGGUGUGUCUGACCUGUUUAAAUGUCCACUGCGGAAGGUAUGUCAACGGCCACGCCAAGAAGCACUAUGAGGAGACCCAGGGUCUCGCCGCAGGCCAGAAGAAGUGUGACAAGACCGAGAAGGAGAGGUGUCAGCACUGCGUGUGCAUGGACUGCUGCAGCUACAGCACCUUCUGUUACCGCUGUGACGAGUUUGUGGUGAACGACACCAAGCUGGGACAUGUGCAGAAGGUGAGAGUGCAUCUUCAGAGUCUGGAGAACGCGACCCUGAACGACAGGAAAAGGAAGCUUCACGAAAACUCCCCGCUUGACAGCAAGCUGCUGAAAGAUGAGAGUGCUGUUUCAACCCUCAGUGCUACUGGCCUGCGUAACCUAGGGAACACCUGCUUCAUGAAUGCCAUCCUCCAGUCCCUCAGCAACAUUGAGCAGUUCAGCUGCUAUUUCAAGGAGCUGCCAGCGGUGGCGCUGCGGAGCGGGAAGACGGCGGGUCGGAGGAUGUACCACACGCGCAGCCAGGGGGACAGCAGUGUCUCAUUGGUGGAGGAGUUCCGGAAGACGCUGUGUUCUCUGUGGCAGGGCAGUCAGACGGCCUUCAGCCCAGACGCCCUCUUCUACGUCAUCUGGAAGAUCAUGCCCAGCUUCAGGGGCUACCAGCAGCAGGAUGCCCAUGAGUUCAUGAGGUACCUGCUAGACCACCUGCACAGAGAGCUGCAGGGCAGCCGCAACGGAGCUCACCGCUCCCCUGUGUCUGCGGACGCCAUCAAGGCAGAGGAUAAAUGCUGGAUAAAUGGGACCUCCACUGUAGUCACCUCCAUAUUUGGCGGCAUUCUGCAGAGUGAAGUCAACUGCCUGAUCUGCGGGACUGAGUCCCGGAAGCUCGACCCAUUCCUAGACUUGUCCCUGGACAUUCCAAGCCAGUUCCGCAUCAAGCGGUCUAAAGACCAGGAGCCUGGGCCCACCUGCACGCUACGAGACUGCCUGCGUAGUUUUACAGAGCUGGAGGAACUGGAUGAAACGGAGCUCUACAUGUGUUAUAAAUGUAAAAAGAGACAGAAAUCUACCAAGAAAUUCUGGGUCCAGAAACUGCCAAAGGUUCUGUGUUUGCACCUGAAGCGGUUCCACUGGACAGCUUACCUCAGGAAUAAGGUGGACACCUAUGUGGAGUUUCCCAUGCGCGGUCUGGGCAUGAGGAACUACCUGCUGGAGAUUGAGUCAAGGCCAAUUUAUAACCCCCCACACACAAGUCAGCCGGAGAGUGCAUUGCCACAGGACUGCCUUUAUGACCUGGCUGCUGUAGUGGUGCAUCAUGGAUCUGGGGUUGGCUCGGGCCACUAUACGGCCUAUGGCAGCAACGAGGGCCGCUGGUACCACUUCAACGACAGCACCGUGACUCUGACGGACGAGGCGACCGUGCGGAAGGCCAAAGCCUACAUCCUGUUCUACGUGGCACGGACUGAGACUGACACGGGCACGGGCACAGAGAUGGGCCCAGGCGUGGUCACAGGACAGACUGGCACAGGGUUAGAGGCUGCUGUGGACACGGGCUCUGACUCCGGCCUCUGUGUAGGCAGCGGACCACAGGAGAGCUCAGGGGCCCACCCCACACUUCAGCCCUCUGAAGAGGAGAGCUCAGAGUGAUAUACACACACCCCCCACACUUCAGGUCCCUGAGGAUGAGAGCUCAGAGUGACACACACACACACACACACACACACCACACUUCAGGUCCCUGAGGUGGAGCCCUCAGAGUGACUGUCAUGGCCUUCAGCUGCCUCUCUUCCUCCCCCAGCUCUCCUCACACUCACCCUUUCAGUCACUCACACACACACACAAAAACACACAGAUACACACAUGAUCAGACACACACA